GUUAGGGGUGGUGGUCAUGGCAUGGCGCCGACAUUUAGUUCGACAACAGGAAUUCAAAUCUCGAUGGUGGGCUUCUCCAAGGUCGAAUUUAAUCGAGAAAAGCAGACCGUUACAGUCGGCUCUGGCUGUCUUUGGGAUCAGGUGUACCGCAAGCUCGCACCCACUGGGUACAACAUCGUUGGAGGGGCUUCGGCGGACGGUGUAGGUGUGGGCGGCUGGCUGCUUGGCGGAGGUUACUCCUUGAAGAGCAACCGCCGUGGCCUUGGGAUCGACAAUGUCAUCAAAUUCGAGGUCGUCACGCCCGACGGUCGUGUGCGCACAGCCAACCUGGUUGAAAACAGUGAUCUAUUUCAAGCUUUACGUGGCGGAGGAAACAAUUUCGGCAUUGUCACCAAGUUCACUCUCAAAGCUUUUUCUCAAGCGAGAACGAACUAUGUUUGUCCCGGCUUUCCAAGUCAGCAUGUGUGGAACUAA